AUCUACAGAGCACUGAAAUGUUUAGAGAGAGUAAUGGCCCAAAGAUGGUUAUGAAUAUCCUAAACAAUAGGAAAGAAAACAUAAGCAUCUUGAACAGUGGAUUGUCUGUUGUUUCUGCGGCUGCAACUGGUAAUGAGGUCCUCAAGGAGGCAUUUAUGAACUUGAAAAUUGAUGAGCUGAUUCUUCAAUGUUUAAGAGAAUAUAAUAGGGGGGGCAUUCCUUAUUUAUAUGACGCUUUACGAGUCUUGCUAACAUCUGAUGAUAAUCGUGUUGUGGCCUCUGAAGUUUACGGGUACGCCAGAAGGUUUGCCAAAAUUGGAAUUGUCGAAGUGCUUGUUGGUUCACUUCAUGAAGGGAUCAAGUCGCCUAGUCUGGUGUCUGCAAGCAUUGCUUUGAAGGCUGUUGCUGUUAAUGAUGAAAUAUGCAGAGCUGUUGCUGAUAAUGGUGGUAUAGAUGCAAUUCUUCGAUGCAUAGAUGACAGCAGUGAACAGGGUGAAAAAGUUGUAGCCAGAACUUGUUGCUCCUUGUUAUCUAAGUUGGCAGGAAGUGACAUAAACAAGAGUUCUAUUGUAGAAAAGGGUGGCAUGGACAAGCUUAUUAAACUUGCAACAAGAUUUUCUGAUGAUCCGUCUAUGCUACAAGAGGUCAUGUCUAUGAUUACCGUACUGUCCUUGAGGUCUCCAAAUAAUGCUGCCCGUGCAGUUGAAGCUGGAGCUGGUGAUACUGUUAUCCAAGCUAUGCAGAGGUUUCCAGAAUCAGACCAACUGCUAAAAAGCUGUUGUUUCAUGAUUCGAAAUCUUGUGGUUAGGAAUCCAGAAAACAGAACUAUUUUGCUUGGUAAUGGCAUUGAGAAGCUCAUCAGAAAGGCUAAGAUGAAUCACAAGAGCUGUAAGAAUGCUGCAACUGAUGCACUUAGGGAUCUUGGACUAGAUAACUAUAACUUGUAAUCCACCAGUAGUCCAAGCUAAGUUUUUGUUGUCCCCCCCCCCCCCCCAAGAACCCCGCUCACAGUCCCUCACCAACUCUCUAGGCCUGUAAAAGGGGGAAGACCAUGCUGUUUAUUUUUAAUAGCUUCGCUUGAUCAAUGCACUUCCAGAUACUCGAAUACUUACAGUCUAUCAAUUGAAAGAGUAUGUUAUGCUUAAAA